ACACCAAUAUAUAGUAGCCUGCAUCAAAGUAUUUAAGCCAAAACUUAACCAUGAUGGAAGCGGAGAAAUACUCGCAUGAAGAUGACCUAACCGCUGCUGAUACAUCUAUGAUAUCAAGUACAAGUCCUUACCAACCAACCACUGAGCCUGUAUCGAAUAGAAAGGUGGUGUUCGGUGGAUUUAUAUUACACAUGGAAUACGCAAAGUCUAUUACAGGAAUAUUAAAAGUGGUUCAGCUGAUAUUUAGCAUCGUGGUGGCUUCAUGUGUUGGGAGCGCUCCAUAUUGUUUGGAAGCUUGCGGGGGCGUCCAUUACUUAAACUUUGUUUCUAUAUCUUGUAUUGUGUUUACUCUCAUCUUGUUAGUUGUAUUCGCGUUUGGUUUGCAGGAAAAGUUAUCAUUCAUAAACUGGCCACUUACUGACUUGAUUAACUGUGUAUUUUACUCAGUUAUGUUCCUGAUUAGCAGUUUUGUGAUGGCAUUAAAUGCACCCCUGCCUGUGUAUCAAGCUGCUGCUGUGUUUGGUUUUCUUACAACAAUAUUAUUCAUUGUGAGCAGUUGGCUCGCAUUCCAGGCAUUUAGACAAUACCAAGCCCGGCGCCGAACCAUGAUAUCCCAUAUUCAAAACGCUGGGGGCGCAGUAUUAGAAAUCCAAUGAUUGUGUUGUUGGUUAUCACAUAGACGUCAAACUUUUAUAAACACAGGGGAGGCAGGGAUAGUUAGACACACAAUUCUAUGAAACAAAUCUAAACUAUUGGUUGUAAUGUUUACUGAUUAAUGCAGUGUAGAAAUUCUGGGGUAGGCCUGCAUACCCUACCACCCUAGGUUUGGCGCCUAUUGGAUAUUAGUUUGCAAUAUAUUCUUAUUGUUAUUGGUAAUAUUUCCCUUGCGAAAAUGUUGGUACUUACUUAAUGAUUCCAAAACGCUUUUAAUUUGUUGCUGAUUUUUUAAUGACUGUAAUUUUUAAUUCAACGGCAUUCAGAAGGUUGCUAAUGUUUUAUUGUUGCUAUGUUGCUAAAUACAUGUUUCAUUUAUCUUAAACUACCAUGCGGUGCAAAGCUAAUAUUUCCUCAGUUUACACACUAUGCUUGUAUGCUAGGAAACUAAUCUAUCUUACGUUUACCACUAUUGAAUAUGAAGCAAUAGACGUUUGUAUAGAUGCACUUAACCUUGUCGACCCAAUUUCCAAAACUACAUUUUACACAAAGUUUGUACGCUACAACAAAGUGAUUUAACUAUCACGAUACUCGCCAAAAGGCUUUGUGAACCACUAUAGUAGGCGACCAAACCGAAUCUAAUACAGAUCAAAGGGUCUAAAAGUGUAUCAUAUAUAUCUUAAGUUUAUUCCAAUUGUAAUCUCUAUGUGCCAUUUUAAUAUUAAAUCAUCAGAUCGUACGUUAUUGGUUAUAAGUAUUCCUUAAAACCAUGGAUGUUUCUCCACAAACCAUAGUUUGUAACGGCUCAAUCAGAAAUACAAGAGAUCUGAAUAAGGCAUUUCUUAGUUCAAACACAUUUAAAAAUAUUUUUCAACAUAAACACUUAGUUUCGUUACUUUGGAAAACAUUUGUGGCAGCUUUAGCUUUCAUUUACUUCAAGGCUUACUACUGACCAAUAACGUACAAUUGUAAUUACCCUAAUCAACAUUGUUAUUAUUUUUCCCACUUUCACUUUGAAGCUUUUCACAUUGUUGUGCUGUUAUUGUUGUGAUGUAAUAUUUAUCAUUAUGAUGUCACAAGUUGUAGGUUCGUGUGUCAUAAUAAAUAUUAUUCUGUAUUA